CCUUCUCUCUCUCUUUCUUGGCUCUUCUUCUUCUUCUUCUUCUUCAUCUUCUACUUUUGUUGUUGUCUGAAUUACUUGAGUUCGAAGCUUGUAGUGUUGGAUUCCUGUCUGACCCUUCUUCGGUCUUCUGCGGCUGUUGGGCCGGCGCGACCGCUUGGUCUUCUUGUUUUUCUGCAGACAAGAAAUAAGUGAAAGGAAGGGAGUUUCGGCCGUGGUGUUUUUUUUUUUUUUUUUUUUUUUUUUUGACUGUUUCUUUUUCAGGAAAACCCGGUUUUCUUUUCCCCCCCCCCCCCGCCGGGUCUAUUUCCUCCUUUCCACUUCUGGGAUUCCAGCGUUUUUUCACCUCCUUUUGCUGCGGGGGAGGGAAAGAGAUUUCGCUUUUCGGUGAUUGGGAGGGAUUUUGGGGUAACUUUUUCUUGGUGGUUCUUGAUAUUUUUUCAGCGGGGGGUAGCGAUCAAGAAAGAGGCCGACUUUGAUCUCCGGUUGUUCUCUUUUUAGAACUGGUGAGCGGGAGGAGGAAAGAGAAAUGAGGUGAUAUAUGGUUUGAGAGGCUGGGGACUGUGGCUGCUCUGGUUUGCAGUUCUUGCUAGAUCUCAAGCAUGAAGGGCUAGUCCUCCUGCUUCGUAUCGCAGAUUGACACGUCUUGGGAUUCGGCAGAUUGGUCUUCUCUUGCUAUGAGAUUGGUAUCUUUUCGAUUACCUCGGAUUGGAGAUUGCCUCUGGUUUCCAAGGUGAACAUUGGGGGGCGAUGAAUUGUGUUUAGGCACUCACUCCGGGGGCAAUGUUAAGAGCAGUUGCUCUUGGCUUAUUCCUGUCUUCCCUUACCGUCCGUGCUUAUGCCGAUGACAAUGGAUAUAGCUGCUGCGAUGACGAGGGCUUUUGGACCGUCGAGAGAAUCUUGGAGUGCCAGAGAGUGAGUGAUUUCUUGAUUGCCGUGGCAUACUUUUCGAUACCACUCGAACUCCUAUAUUUUGUUAGCUUGUCGAAUGUGCCAUUCAAAUGGGUGCUCGCUCUGUUCAUAGCGUUUAUUGUCCUCUGUGGUUUGACACAUUUGCUCAAUGGUUGGACUUACUAUGGCCCUCACUCAUUCCAAUUGAUGCUGUCCCUCACAGUUGCAAAGUUUUUCACCGCACUGGUCUCAUGUUUAACUGCAAUAGCCCUUUUGACUUUGAUACCUCUGCUGCUCAAAGUAAAGGUGAGAGAAACUUUCUUGAGACGGAACGUAUUGGAAUUAGACCAAGAGGUUGAGAUGAUGAAGAGACAGAAGGAGGCUAGCUGGCAUGUCCGUAUGCUGACACGGGAAAUUAGGAAGUCACUGGAUAAGCAUACGAUAUUGUACACGACUCUGGUUGAGCUCUCUAAAACUUUGGAUUUGCACAAUUGUGCAGUUUUGAUGCCAAAUAAUGAUCGGACAGAAAUGAUUAUGACCCAUGAGUUGAAGGGAAGUUCAAGAAAGAGUUACGGUCGCUCCAUCACUAUCAGUGAUCCUGACGUGAUAGAGAUAAAAGAGAGCAAGGGUGUGAAAAUUUUGAGGCCAGAUUCAGCCCUGGCAGUUGUGAGUAGUGGUGGGCUCGAUGAGCUAGGUGCUGUGGCUGCAAUCCGGAUGCCGAUGCUUCAGGCAUCAAACUUUAAAGGUGGAACACCACAGUCGAUUGAUACACAUUAUGCAAUACUAGUUUUGGUUCUUCCACAAGCAAAUCCUAGAGAUUGGAGCUACCAGGAACUGGAGAUUGUGGAAGUAGUUGCCGAUCAGGUGGCCGUGGCCCUUUCUCAUGCCGCAGUUCUUGAAGAAUCUCAGCUUAUGAGAGAGAAACUGGCAGAACAAAACCGCGCUUUGCAACAAGCUAGGAGAAAAGCUAUGAUGGCUAGUCAGGCGAGACAUUCUUUUCAAAAAGUGAUGAGUCAUGGGAUGAGGAGGCCAAUGCACUCAAUUGUGGGCCUACUGUCGAUUCUUCGAGAAGAAACUGUGAACCCUGAACAAAAACUCACUGUUGACGCAAUGGCGACGACCAGUAAUGUCCUCUCUACUUUAAUUAAUGACGUGAUGGAAAUGUCUGCUAAAGAUGAUGGGAAGUUCCCUUUUGAGAUGAGACGUUUUCAUUUACAUGCUAUGAUCAAGGAAGCCUCUUACCUUGCCAAAUGCCUCUGUGUUUAUAGGGGCUGUGGUUUUGAGAUCAGUGUUAAAAGUUCUCCCCCCGAUCAGGUUAUGGGCGACGAAAGGAGGACUUUUCAAGUGAUACUGCAUAUGUUUGGUUAUCUUUUGGAUAUCUAUGAUGGAGGGGGUAAUGUCACUUUUCGGGUCUCUUGUGAGAGCGAUACUGAGGUGAAGCAUGAUAAGACUUGGGGUCCUCAAGCGAUAAGCCCGGCUAAUGAGUUUGUAACUGUAAAAUUUGAAAUUGAGAUUGCAAGUGGAAGUGCUCCUUCUGGUGGCUUAAUUCCUGUAAUGCACUCAGCUGGUUGGAGUCGUGGCAGUAGCAACAACAAUAAAGAUACCCUGAGCUUCAAUGUCUGCAAAAAGCUUGUCCAGAUGAUGCAAGGAAAUAUCUGGAUUGCUUCAAAUUCUCGAGGUCUUACUCAGAGGAUGACACUCGUUCUCAGGUUCCUAAAGCAAGAUUCUCGGGGAAGAGCCAUGUUGCCUUCUGGAAAUCACAUGGAGCAACAAAACUUGGACUCUCUAUUUAGAGGCCUCCGGGUUCUACUUGCAGAUGAUGAUGUUGUCAACAGGACUGUGACCAAAAAGCUUCUUGAAAAGCUUGGUUGUCAGGUGACUUCAGUUUCGACGGGUCUAGAAUGCCUUACUGCCCUGAGCCAUACAGAUAAUUCUCUCAGAGUGGUUUUUCUGGAUCUUCAUAUGCCCGAUAUGGACGGCUUCGAGGUUGCAAUGAGAAUAAGGAAGUAUCGCAGCCGUCACUGGCCAUUAAUCAUCGCACUGACGGCAAGUGCUGAGGAACAUGUUUGGGAAAGAUGCCUACAGAUGGGAAUGAAUGGUGUGCUAUGGAAACCGGUAGUCCUGCAAGGGGUGGCCGAUGAACUUCGACGAGUAUUGCAGCGAGCAGGGGAAGCAGUAUGAUGACGCGUAGUAGGUGAUGAAUUCAUUGAUAGGCGGUUCUUAUACUUCCCUCUCAUGACAGUGUCGAUUCUUCUCGCAUGAUGUAGACAAAAUGCAGUCACUAUGCUUUACUAACCAUUUUAUUUUUGCUUAUUGAUAGAAUCCAAUAGGCUUAAAUGUAGCUUUUACUCCAAUUCUCAUCGGAUCAAUUCAGAUCCACAAGAAUUAUGUAGAGAUUCACAAGAAUAGAUUAUCUGAAAGUGCAGUAGAAAUGAACAGUCCAGUCGUGCACAUUCUCUCAAAAUAAAGAAAAGGGUACGUGUUUUGUAUGAUCUGGUGCAAUACUGGAGCAUUCUGGACCGGUCGAGCUGUUAAUAGCGUGGACCCAAAUUGUUUAGUCGUGCACCAUCCCUUCUGCUGUGUUCUUGAGCAACAGGCGUUAAAUACAUGCAGUAGAAGUUCUGUGUGGAUGAAACUUAUUACGGCACAUGGCAAUGUAGUAGCACCACGGCAAGAGUUAUUUGUCUCGGGUAUCAGACGUGGGUCGAGCGUUUCUGGAUUGUAGUUUACAUAGAAGUCAACAGUUUGGCACAGCACUCUGAGGUAGCAUGAUUCUUUAUUCGUUUACUUUCUUGAGCAGGUGAUCACUGAAUGUAAGUGGCAGUGACGCAUUUUUUCUUUGCUAAAGGCGGAAUCUUUUCAUGUGUUAGAGAGAGAGAGAGAACAAAAUCUAUGCCAUAUAUGAUGUCAAGUUGCACAUUCUAAAAAAAAAAAGAGCAUGUACUGCACAAAAUUUAUGCCAUGUACAAUAUCAAGUUGCACUUUUUAAGCA